UUCGAUUUUCCAAUAGAAAAUGUCUUCACGGGCUUCGUCUGUGGCGUCGCAUCCGCCGUCACAGCACCACUACGGCGGCGGCCACCACCCACAGCAGCAGCAUCAUCAUCACCAGCAGCAGCAGCAGCAGCAUCAUCACUACCAGCCUCAGCAGCAUCAGCCACAACAGUACCAUCACCACCAGCAGCAGCACCAGCAGCAAACAGUCGAGCCUCCAGUGGUCUACGGCCUCGAGUUCAAGGCGCGCGCACUGAGCGCCGUGCGUGCCGAGCAAGAGAAGAUCUCGUUCCUGAUUGGCACGCUGACGCUGCACCACGACAACCAGAUUCACCUCUUGGAAUACGGCGAUGACGACCAAACCGUCACACCGACCGUCUUCUCGCAUCCUCAAGGCGAAGUCUGGUCGAUUGCUGCCAGCCCGUCGCACGUCGAUAUCUUUGCCACCAGCUAUUUGAAGCCGCUCGAUGGCAAGGCUCAGAUUCGCUCAAAGUUGUUCAAGAUGCCCGAACACGACGACAUUGGUGGCGAGAUUCUGCCUCUGACAGAGCUGUUUGAAUUCACCGGGCACAACUCGAGCAUUUCAUGCUUGUCGUGGAAUCCCAUUCUGACUUCGCAAGUGGCCGUUGUGGAUGAAGAAUCAAUCCAGCUGUGGGAUUUGAAUGCCGAGGAAACGUCUGCAAAGGUGAAAACUAGCGUCAAGCCGGAUACCAAGCGCGCCAAGUUGAGCGCAGGCCGAUGGCAUCCCCAUAGCGGCGGCCCGUUUGCUGUCGCCAUGGACACGAGUGUUCGAGCGUGGGACAUGCGCACAUCAGAGCCGGCCUGGGUUGUGGAACACGCACAUUCGCAAGCUAUUCGAGACAUUGAUUUCAACCCCAAUCGCCAGUACAUCAUGGCGACGGCUGGCGACGAUUGCAAGGUCAAAUUCUGGGACGUUCGCAAGCCAGCGACGCCCUUGAAGGUGCUGCAGCACCACUCUCAUUGGGUUUGGGCGGUUCGGUACAAUCCUGCACACGAUCAGCUGGUUCUCACAGCCAGCUCGGACAAUCGCGUGGUUCUGGCUGAUGCAGUUUCCAUCUCCUCCGACCCCGACGGCUCUGUGAGAAACGCCGCAGCUCUCGAUGACGACGACGAACCGACCACUUCUCGCAAACCUGAGCAUCGCCCUGCGCCGAAAGAUAAGCUGGUUCACACGUACGAGGAGCACGAAGACAGUGUCUACAGCGUCGAGUGGAGCUCGGUCGACCCCUGGCGGUUUGCCUCGCUGUCGUACGACGGGCGUGUUGUGCUCAACCGUGUCCCGCAAGAGGAAAUGUACAGCGUCAUGAUGCUCACCUGAGUUCUUUUGUUUGUUGACCAAAAACCCAUGGGUUUGAAGUUGAACUAAAAUCACAAAGAAUCACAAAAAAUCACAAAAAAUCACAAAAAAUC